CCGCGCGACCCGUUGGACUUCCGCAGCUGGUCGGCCGUGGCAACGGACAACUCCCCACGCAAACCCACCCCAAGAAUCCCAAGACUGACUUCCCGCUGCUGCCCAGAACGGUCGGCCAGCGCGUGUCGCGCCUCUCCUCCCGCCGCGUGCCCCUGCACCGUCCCACGUCACGACGUCCCCGCCCCACAAAAUCCACAACACCUCUCAAAUUGAACCACCCCCGUCGGCCUCCCCACUUUCCCAUUACCGCUUUUGAUGAUCUAUUACCGCUUCCACGGUUCCACCACCCAGAAAGAGUAGUCUAGACUCCAGACUCGAUACUCUCUCUAGGAGUCUCUACCUACAACAGCGGCAGCAUCGCCAUGCGGCUCUACGUGUGCGUGCUCGAGGCGCGGGGCCUCCCGGCGCCGCCGCACUGCGCUCACGGCGGGUGCGGAUGCGGGGCGGUCUACACGAGGGUGAAGGUGGGGGCGCAGAGGGCGCGGACGCGGGCGGUGGAGCUUGCUGGCCCAGGCUCCGCGGCGGCGUGGAACGAGGAGUUCGUGUUUCCGGUGGGGGUGGAGGAGGAGGGUGACGAGGUGGUGGAGGUCGGGGUGGCGCGCCGCCUGGAGGGGGCCGGGAGGGAGGUGCUGGGCAGGGUCAAGCUGCCGGUGCCGGCCGUGCAGGCGGCCUCCGGGACCCAAUCCAUGCCGCCGACGUGGUUCACGCUGCAGCCCAAGCACCGCCGGAAGGGGGGCGCCGCGGAUUGCGGGAAAAUCCUUCUCACAGUUUCACUAUAUGGAGAAAACAAUGACAAUGCACUCAUCCACUCAUCUCCCUGUCCAAGCUCUAGGAGUGACACCGAUGUUGAAUUUGAGAGAUCAACCUGCAGGGAACAUUCAGACCUUAAUGGUGGGGCGGUUGAUUCCCCCAGGAAUUCUGCAGUGGAACGAGUGUCUCUAGAUGGCUCUGACCGUUCAAUAAAAGCACAUUCUAAUUCAAUUUCUGAAGAUGAUGAUACGAUAGAGUCUAGUCCAUCAACCUCAAAGAUGGCACUUGAUAGUGACACUGAACCACCAAUUCCAGAUGCAAGCUUUGAAGAAGCUAUGGAAACCAUGAAGUCAAAAGGUAGUACAGCGGACAUACCGGAAGAUCUUGCUGGUGGCAAAAUAUUUGAGCACACAUACCUUGUGGAGUCGAAGGAUCUGAACUCUCUUCUCUUUGGACCUGAUUCCCAGUUCUCCCGAGACCUGCGUGAUCUGCAAGGAACUAUGGACUAUGAUGAACAGCCAUGGACAUGGAAGAGCCAGGAUCCUCCUAGCUUAACUAGGACAUGUCGAUACACUAAAGGCUCAACAAAACUUAUGAAAGAUGUCAAGACUAUUGAGGAACAGACAUAUCUGAAAGCUGAUGGCAAGAAUUUUGUGAUUAUGACUCGUGUCCGUACACCUGAAGUUCCAUUCGGAAAUUGUUUUGAAGUUGUUUUACUGUACAAAAUCACUCACUGCCCUGAGUUGUCAUCGGGUGAAGAGUGCUCACAUCUGACUGUAUCAUACAAUGUGGAGUUCCUGCAGAGUACCUUGAUGAAAAGUAUGAUCGAGGGAAGUGUCCGGGAUGGAGUCAAAGAGAAUUUCGAAAGUUUUACGGAAAUUUUGUCUCGGCAUGUGAAAUUGGCUGAUUCUGCAGGGAUGGAUAAAGAGCAGUUAUUGGCACCACUGCAGACAGAUCACCAGUCACAUAUCAGACUUGCUUGCAAAUAUUUUUGCAAUUUUACUGUCAUGUCUACAGUGAUAAUGGCCAUGUAUGUUCUUGUUCACAUCCUUCUAUCUAAACCAGGCCCACUUAUGGGUCUUGAGUUCACUGGUCUAGACUUACCUGACACGUUUGGAGAGCUCAUCACAUCUGGCAUACUAGUUCUUCAGAUGGAGCGUUUAUUGAAUAUGAUAUCCCGUUUUGUUGAGGCAAGAAUACAGCGAGGAGGGGAUCAUGGGGUUAAAGCAACUGGUGAUGGUUGGCUAUUAACUGUAGCUCUUCUAGAGGCUACCAGCUUGCCACCAGUUUCUUGCGGAUCAGUAGAUCCUUAUGUUGUGUUCAGCUGUAAUGGUAUAACAAGAACAAGCUCUGUUCAACUUCAGACUCAAGAACCUCAAUGGAACGAGAUAAUGGAGUUUGAUGCCAUGGAAGAGCCACCUGCAACGUUGGAUGUUGAGGUUUUCAAUUUUGAUGGCCCAUUUGACUUGGCAAUUUCACUGGGACAUGCAGAAAUUAACUUUCUUAAACACACAUCAGCCGAACUAGCAGAUAUAUGGGUACCAUUGGUGGGAAAGCUGGCCCAGACAUGCCAGAGUAGGUUACAUUUACGAAUAUUUCUUGAGAACACGAAAGGACCUGAGACGUCAAAGAGAGAGUACCUUAGCAAGAUGGAGAAGGAAGUCGGCAAGAAGUUACACGUCCGGUCACCCCACAGAAAUUCAACAUUCCAGAAACUUUUCAGUUUGCCUCAUGAGGAAUUCCUUAUAGCAGAUUAUGCAUGCUCAUUGAAGAGGAAAUUGCCAUUACAGGGAAGGCUAUUUUUGUCAGCCAGAUUGGUUGGUUUCUAUGCUAAUUUGUUUGGACAUAAAACGAAAUUCUUCUUUCUGUGGGAAGAUGUCGAGGAAGUCGAAGUGUUACCUCCAUCUUUCACAACAGUAGGCACACCAUCACUGGUGUUUACAUUAAAGAGUGGACGAGGGCUUGAUGCCAAGAGUGGUGCGAAAUCCCAAGAUAAGGAAGGGAGGUUGAAAUUUCAGUUCCAUUCAUUUGCAUCGUUUAGCAAAGCUAAUAGGACAAUAAUUGGCCUGUGGAAAACAAAAUCGUCAGCUAUUGAACAGAGGGCCAAGCUAGAAGAAGAUCGAGAAGACGAGAGCUAUGAUGAGCUUGACGAUGUUCAAACCGUGCUGAGCACCGGAGAUGUCUCCCUCUCAAAGGAGUAUACUGUGGAGCAUCCUAUUGAUGCAAAUUUGCUGAUGGGGGUGUUCGACGGUGGCCCCCUGGAGACGAGGACAAUGAGCAAGGUCGGGUGCCUCGAUUACACCGCGACCCCGUGGGAGCAGACGAAGCCGGGCGUCCUUGAGAGGCACGCCAGCUACAAGUUCAACCGCUACAUGUCCAUCUUCGGCGGCGAAGUGGUCAGCACCCAGCUCAAGUCCCCCUCGGAGGACGGCGCCGGCUGGAUGGUGCACGACGUCAUGACGCUUCACAACGUCCCCUUCGGCGACUACUUCCGGGUCCAUCUGAGGUAUGAUAUACGGAGCGUGGCGUCGGAGCCGGCGAGCAGCCGGUGCGAGGUCUACGUAGGGAUCGAGUGGCUCAAGAGCAGCAAGUUCCAGAAGAGGAUUGCCAGGAACAUCUGCGACAAGCUGGCCAAUAGGGCGAAGGAGGUGCUUGAGGUGGCCGGCAAGGAAAUAACAACCUCGGCCUUAUCGGCCUAGCUAGCUAGCGCCAAAGCUGGAGGAUUCUGUUUUUGUUCUCCUGUCUUCCGGCUUGCGUGUCAUCAGCUUUUCGUUCCUUAGCUGACAGGGAAGUUUACACAGGAAGAAGAUCACUAACACCGUGUGGGACAAGUAUAUACCGAUAUUGCAACUUACCAUACAAGUAGAUACUAAAAAGAACGGUGGAAAUCUUCUGUGCAAAAAGAUGUGUCGUUCUCGGA